UUCAUUUAAAGACCCACGUCUCAUUCAAUGCUUUUUACGAGUGCAAUUUCAAAAAAAAAAAAAAUGUGAAAAAACUUAAAUCCUAAAAACCACAGGAUCCCCAGAUUAUGUAACACCCCCCAAAAUUAUCCUUGUUUCUCUCCCUGUCAGUGGCCAACUCGCUAAUUUAAACGAGCAUUGAAUGAUAACAUCAACUGCCUCCACUGAUUUAAUUAUUCAUUGUCUCCUCAUCAUUUUUCUUUCUUCUUCAUUACCGCCAUUUUUGGCUAGGACUCCAGCCAAAUUCGUGUUCAUCUCUUUCAAAUCGUAGGGUACUUACAUUUACAAUUGGUGCAUCAAAGUACAACGAAAACACGAGAGCUUCAAUAGUUCUUUUUCUUAUGAUAAUCUUCUACUUCUUUGUGUCACGUUCAUUCUACUUUCUCUCAUAAUACAACAAUAAACCCUCUUAUAGGUCUGCUUGCUUGAAAUUUGCCCGCAAAAAGAAAAUAUUCAGAAAGAACGUUAAAAAAACAGAUGAUUGUGAUUUGCAACAAUGUACACCUUGAAUUUCAAUUCAUCAGAAACAGCACCGGAGGAAUUCCAAUUCCCCAAGACAAGAAGGUUAUUCAAGUCCACGUUUGUAGCCACCACAGUAGCUGCUUGUACAGCCGCAUCUCUUUUGCUGAUCAUCGCCUUACCGAUUUCCCCAAUCAAGCUGAAAGAAGAACUCGAGCCGGGAAAAUCAUCAUGUGCCAGCAGGCGUCAUUGCCAUAAGAGCUCAUCAAGCUAUCGCAAACCUCCAUCUCCUUACCUUCUCUCCAUGCUCCAAGACUACGAACAACGCCACAAGCGUUGCGAGCCUCUCUCCAAAUCCUUCAACCGAAGUUUUUUCCAAGAAUCAUCGUCGCCCGUGGGCGCGAAGAAACAAAACUAUUCCAUCAAAAGUCACCAGCCAUCCCACGUUGACGAUGACGACUGCAGCUACGUCGUCUUCACCCGACCCACCAACGGGCUGGGCAACAGGAUGCUCAGCAUGUCCUCCGCGUUUCUCUACGCUCUCCUCACGAACCGGGUUCUUCUGGUCGACUUCGGCCCUGACAUGAUGCACCUCUUCUCCGAACCGGUUCCAAACUCAACCUGGUUGUUUCCCGAAGACUCCCGUUUCGGGAACAGGAUCUAUGGCUCCAAAGUCGACGACUUUGGCAGCCUGAUGAAGAAUAAUAAUAAUCAUACUGCAGUGCUAGCGAACAAUUCCUCAUCGUUCCUACAUGUGAACCUUGGAUACGGUUACGACGACUACGACAAGCUUUUCUAUAGCAACGGGGUUCAAGACGGUCUCCAAAGAGUCCCGUGGCUAAUUCUCAAAUCGGACCAAUACUUCGUUCCUUACCUUUUCCUGAUGUCAGGAUUCAGGGCGAAGCUGGACAGAAUGUUUCCUGACAAGGAGACUGUUUUCCACCACCUCGGGAGAUACCUAUUCACCCCGUCGGAUCAAGCCUGGGGGCUCAUCGCCAGGUUCUACGAUGCUUACCUGGCAAAUGCUGACGAGAGAAUCGGGCUUCAGAUCCGCGUGCUCGACUCGAAAGCCAGCCCGACGGCUCUAGUCCUAAAGCAGGUUCUGAGGUGCGCACAGAAAGAGGCUCAGAUCCUUCCACCUUUAGCAACCAAACAAAAUGAGACCGACACGAAGAAGCUCGCGAGCAAGAAAACAUCGUAUAACAAAGCGGUUCUAGUGGCGUCGUUGUCCAGCGAAUUCUACGUCGAAUUGAAGGACAUGUUUUGGAAGAGAGCAAGUGCUUCUACAGGUUCGGAUGGAGAAGUUGCAGUAGGGUUUCACCAGGCUAGUCACGAAGAGGUGCAACGUUCGAACGACGGUACGCACAACAUGAUGGCGUGGGUUGAUAUCUAUCUGUUGAGUUUGUGCGACGUUUUGGUGACGAGCGGUUGGUCGACUUUCGGGUAUGUGGCUCAAGGUCUUGGAGGGUUGAGACCUUGGAUUCUGCAGAUUCCGGAUACCAAGUACGGCGGAGGGGAAACUCUGUGGGGGAAUGCUUGUCGACGGGCGGUUUCGAUGGAGCCGUGUUUCCAUUUUCCUCCUAGUUAUGGUGGCAACAUGGUAGGGGUUAGGGUUGAUGGUGAAGAGGGAGGGGGUUCUUUUAGUGUUGUACAUUGUGAAGAUGUAGGUGGGGGAUUGAAGCUAGUAAAUGUUUAGAAACUAGAGUAGAAGUCGAUGAUCAAUAGAAGGAUUAAUAUUUUUUCAUCUUUUCCUUAAUAUUUUUACAUAUUCGAAGGACUCUCUAAUGAGAAUUUUAGGGGGGAGCUUAGAUGUAAUUGCUGAAUUAAUCGAAUGGAAAAUUGCAAUAGAGAUUUAUCCUCAUU